AUGAAAAAAUCGUUGAAAGAUUUGGCUCCUAUUGCCAUUCCACACGGUGCGCCCGUAGAAUCAACAGCAGAAUAUUUCAAGUCAUUGAUGGAAACAUCUCGUAUGGUGAAGAAAUAUCCAGUAUGGGACGUUGCGCGACCAACUCCCCAAGUAUUGAUGGAACAGGCGCGACGAGAUCUCAUGGAAGCGGACGAGAAACUAGCACUCAAACGUGACGAAGAGCAAGAAAAUAGAAUCGCAAUGGAUGUUAAAUGGCAAGACUUACGCGAGAAAGAAAUGCUCUUGAAAGAUUCAUUUAUAAGUUUCAACAAGUUUAUUAGAGAAAAUCAAGAGAAACGCGAUCGUGCGGAACGCAAGAUGGCAGAUGAUAACGAAGCGCUGGAACGUAAAACCAGAGAGACGGAAGCGAUAAGGCAACGUGUUGCAGAGAUGGAGGAAGUAAAACAAUUGAUGGAAAAGCAAGUUAAAGAUUAUACAAUUUAUGAGGACUACUUGAUGUCGGUAGUGCAUAACUACCCCGAAUUUAAGCAACCUUUGGAUGUCCUCAACAGAUACGAAGCUUUAGCCGCAGCUAAAAGCACGCUAGCAGAACGUCAAGAGCGUGAUCUUGAAAUGCUGGAGUCCGCUCGUCAAGAAAUCGCAGCUCUGACCGAAGAGAAGAAGCUCUCUAUUAUGGGACUUAACAAUACUCUCGCUGAUCUUAGGUGGCGUUAUGACAAAGUUAGAAAUCGCGUCAUAAAAUGGGAGCUAGCCCUAAAUCGUCUAAAGGAAACAGCUGCCAAACGGCACGUGGAACUUUGCCAUGUCCAGUCUGCAAUUUGGAGUCUUUACGUGAAGAUUUGCAAGCAGAAGGCCUUAGCGAUAGACGUCAAGAGUGGGGACUUUGAACAACAGUUGGUUGUGAUUAUGCGGGCGUUGUUGGAAUUGAAACGAAUCUAUAAGAUUGCUCAACGACGUUCGAAGGAAAAAGACGCAGAAUCAACACAGACAUCAUAGAAUCAGCGAUCAAAAGAAACAGCGAUUGUUACUAAAAUGUAUUCUGAAUUGUUUUAUCUUUAAAAUUAAAUUAUACCUAUACCCAUU